CUUGGUUAUUCUUCUAUCGUUUGCAAAAUGAUGAAGGGAAAUAUGCUGCUUUGGCAUCUUUGUGGAAAACAAUACGUCCUGAAAAACUGUGCAUAACAUAGCCAAGUCAGAAUGGAUGAAGAGGUGAAAAUGGGAACCAGAUGUCAUCUUUUGGAUUUGCCCUGGGAGGAUGUAUUAAUUCCUCACAUUUUAUGCCAUUUGCCACUGCAACACAUUGUCAGCUUGCAGAGGGUGAGUAAGCAGUUCCACAGCCUCAUCCAGGUGUAUCUAGCGAACUGCAGGACUUUUAAUUUGUCCCCGGUUGGACCAUGCAUCCCCAAGGAAGCGUUUUGCUCGAUGUUAAAGGACAACAAAGUUCUCCAGAGUCUGUCACUUCAGAACUGUUCAACCUGGGUGACGGACAAGGAGCUGCUGCCAGUUAUCGGACAGAACCAGCACCUGCUGAGAGUGGACAUGAAUGGGUGUGCUUGUCUCACUCGCCACUCCCUUGUGGCCGUGUCCUUGAGUUGCACGCACCUCCAGCACCUUGGCCUGGCACACUGCGAAUGGGUGGACAGCCUGUCCCUGCGCAGCCUGGCUGACCACUGUGGGGGGCUGCAGUCCAUCGACCUCACCGCCUGCCGCCAGCUCAAGGACGACGCCAUCUGCUACCUGGCCAAGAAGUGUUUGAAGUUGACGUCCCUAUCUUUGGCAGUCAAUGCCAAUGUCACUGAUGAGUCAGUGGAGGAGGUGGCCAAGAACUGCAGGGGCUUGGAGCAGCUGGACCUGACAGGUUGCCUGCGGGUCAGGAACCAGUCCAUCAGGACGCUCGCAGAGUACUGCCCAAAGUUGCAGUCCCUGAAGGUGAAUCACUGUCACAAUGUGACAGAAUCAAGCCUCGAUCCUCUACGGAAACGCAACGUUGUGAUUGAUGUUGAGCCACCUUUACAGAGGGCGCUGGUACUUCUUCAGGAUGUGCUGGGGUUUGCUCCCUUUAUCAAUCUCCAAAUAUAGCUAAAGGGCCAUCAGUCUGUCCAACAAGUACACACAGGUGUCUUCACAACAGAGGCCAUCAGUGUCAGCUGCCUCACUUGGACAUGUCGAUUCUUCGAAGAAAUGUGAAGACAAUCCAAGAAGACAUGGAUGUGUUGCACUUAUGUUUGUGUGGCAGAAUAAUGUGGACAAAAAAAAAACCUCACUGGAAUGUGAUCAAAGAUGCUUAUUUAAGAAAAAACUGAAAACAAUUCUCCUCUCUUGCAUAUGACUGAAGAAAGCCAUGUACUUUUAAGAACUGCUGUGUCAUGUUCAUAUCACUGAACCUUUUCUUAAUCUUUCAGUGUUUGUAAUGUGACUUUUUCAAAAGGCAACUCUUAGUACAGCAUAUUUUGAUUUGUUUUGUUUUUGUUUAUUUUUAAACAGUCCUUUGUGUAUAGGACAUUGUAAGAAUCUGUUAUUUUAUGUUUCAUUUAGAAACAUUAAAACAUGUUUGAGUUUAAUUAAACAUUUUAUUUUGCAUGUAUGUGCCAACCUCAAUAUUCUGUC